CUUUCCCAUUAGCGAUAAAUUGAAAAAAAAAUAACCAAUUCAAAGUCGAAACAUUUAAAUUUUAAUUUAUUUAGAGAUUGCCGGUUACUUAAUACUGAGUUAUUUUUUACAAACAAUUUAGGAACGAUGUUUUUGACUCUUAGAUUAUUAGGUAAUCGACAUCCAUCGUUCAACGCCCGCACGGUGUUUGUAAAAAACAAUAACGUAGACGAUGCUUGCAGACUUCUAAACAGAAUUCUUGGGAAAGAAGGGAUUUUAGAACAAUUUAGACUCACCCGACAUUAUGAGAAACCGUUCCAGACUCGUCGACGAGUUAACCACGAAAAAUGUAAAGCUAUAUACAAUGAAGAUAUGGAAAGAAAAAUCCAGUUUGUUCUCCGCAAGAAUAGGCACGAGCCCUUCCCUGGUUGUCAUUAAUAGUAGAUAAAUAUGUCCAACAAUGUAUGCAGUGUGUCUAUUUAUAAUAAUGAUUAAAUAGAAUGUUUAGUUUUACCUCAUCAAUAAUGUUUGUUACCUAA